AUGGCGAUCGACAGGAGGGGCUCCCGCCUGGACUGGAGGAGGGCAGCGGGGACCGACGAGAGGGGCGAGCGGCGCCUCGGAAAGCCGCGCCGAGGGGGCCACGACGCGGCGAGCCCACUGGCGAGGCUUGCGAACCAGUACAGGGUAAGCUACGAGUGCGCGAGGUGCGACCUGGUGAUGCUCUACGCCCCGAACCAUGGAGCCUCGGGGAGGCACCGACAGCAGGGGCCUCUCGGCUCGACGGUCGACAAGAUCAAGUUCGAGGAGAUCACCAAGCAGAGGCCCUCGCGCGGGUCACCGAGGCCGACGGCAGAGGAGGCGAGUUCGGGCGAUUCGUUCGAGAAGGGGGGCGCUCCCGACGGGGAGGAGACGCCGCGGGCCGAGACGAAGACCUCGCGAGUGGCCGAGGAGUUAGAUAUGACGCUGGACCGCGCCAAGAGGCUGGCCGACAAGCAGGAGACCGAGGAUCUCGCCGCAAGGCGGGGGCCCGGAGAGCGCCCAGUCGAUCGCCCGCCCGUCGCCGACGACGCCGGGCCCGACGUCGCCACUUUCGGCGUCGACGUGGAGUGCCCGAAGGAGGACAUCAACACUAUAUAUAACACCUGGGUGGUGGACCAGGCGAAGGACGCGAAUGCGGCGACCGACCUGUACACCAAGACGCUGGCAGAGUCCUGCACGGAGGAGGACAGCCAGCUUGGCCAGGUCGCGCACGAGAGGAACGACGCCAGGGACAUCCGAAUCACCGGGAAGGGCGCCGACCUCAGCAAGAAGUCAGGACUGGACUACGCUCUCAAGAUCGCCGACGAGGACCGCGGAGCAGAUCUGCGGGGCAGCCUGCCCUGCACGGCGGCCAGCGCGCUGCAGAACGGCUACGUCGGCAGAACAGGGACGCAGCAAUUGGCUAAGCUCGAGGCCAAGCGCAAGGACCUGAGGAAGAUGGUCGACAAUUUCAUCGUGCUCGGCCAACGGAUCAGAGCGAAUGGCGGGGACGCGCACUUCGAGCGGCCAGGGAACUGCCAUGGCUGGGAGCUGCUCCCGCAGCUGAUCACGCUCUUCUUCGGCGAGGCGGAGAUGGAGAAGGCCAACUCCGACGGGCGCCAGGCGGGGGUCGUCAGCCAGAAGGUCAGCCCGAUCUACAAGCCGUGGACG